CGGCCAUAUUGAAAGCGUGGUUGCCCAUGCUGCUUGAUUACGGAAAACAAACAAAACUGUCUGUGCGCAUGAUUAGAUAUGGAAGUUUUCAGCAGCUCGUGUUAAAAUUAUGGACGAACAACUUACUGGUGGAUACAGUGAGCCAUGCGGCCAGUGCGCUGCUGUGGACUGGGGAGUGUCAGAUGAGGGUCAGUUCUUCUGCAGGAGCUGUCACAAUGUGAUCGAGAAAACGAGGGAGGUGGAAGAUGUGACCACCCUUCAUAGUAUAAACAGCAGGAUUUCACAAAUAACAAAACCCAAAAAGAAAAGAGAUGAGGGUGGGCGAGAGUGGAUAAUAUGUGAGGGAUUCCAGUUCAUCUUGAACCACCAGGCCAAGGCUUUGGUCAGUCUUGGUGUUUGCAUGAAGUUUGAGACAGAAGUUUUGUGGAAUUUCUGGAAGAUAUACCUGCAGAACACACAGCAAGCUUUCACCAAAAAUCCAGUGUACACUCCAAGGUUUACGGUGUUCAUGAAGUCACAAAGUGAUGAGGAGGUUAACUCUCCAAGUCAGCAGUCUAAUCACACAGAGGUUGCUUCGGAUAUGUCAGAAGAGAUGUCAGUCUCAGGUUACUCCAGUGAGGUACAGUCAUCAGUACUUUCCAAAGGGUCUUCGGAUGUUGGUGCAUACCCCAAGACGAAGGGAGGGAAAGAAAGGAACAAAUUUAUGUCCAUGCCACGGACACUGGCCCUGUGCUAUCUGGCUCUGUUGUGGAUCCGAGAGGCCAUCACUCUGGCUGACUUACUCAGGCUGGUCUCAGAGGGGCGAAUACCUUACGUGAACAUUCACGAGGCGUUUCCAGAGGAGAUGCGACUGUUUGGAAAAGACGUCCGUUUCUUUAAUGUUCGGUACAUUCCGUCCUACUCGCUGGUUCAUAAAGAAGCUGUGGCUCUGGCUCAGAUCAUGAAAUUACCCUCCUUCCCAACAAUUUCUCAGGAUUGCCUUCUCCACCCGCUUCCACUCACUGUCCGCUACCUGCUGGAGGCAAACCUCCCAGAUGACCUUCAUAUCUGGGUCCACAAGGUUAUAAGACAGGCUUCUAUGGGGGACAGCUCUUUUCUGACCUUUGACCCCAGUAAGGAGAAGCCUCAUCUUGUGUGCUAUGACAUUCAGGCGGUAGCUGUCAUCAUAGUCGCCUUGAAGCUCCUUUUCAAGUUGGAUGAUCAUGAGGAGUGGAAGUUAUCUGAGGAAGCAGGCAAAAAGAAAAAGAGGGUUUUCAAGUUGAAAAAGUGGUUUGAUGUUGUACAGCCUGUCCUGGAGAAAGCCAGAAAAAGGGAAGAGCAAGAAGAAGCCCGACGGAAAUGGGGAACCACUAAGCCUUUCAUUACAACUUUGAAACGCAAGUGCUUGACCCUCAAAAAAAAGGCGCGUUGCUGAACAUUUGGAGCAGAAGUUUCAGAAGUUUACUGACUCUGCACCAGAAGAGUCGUCUUCCUUAAACUCUCACACCAGCUUUCGCUUCAGCUGGGGAAACGAGGAGGGUUCGGAUGGACCCAGUAUAUUUAACAAUCAUUUGGAUUGUACCUUCAAAAAAGACGGGAUCAAGUAUCUUUCCAACCGAAAAUACUGGCAUCUUAAUUUGAAAGCGUGCCCACCCAAUAAAUGUGGGGAUCAUUUCUCAGAAAUGGAGCCCCGUUUGCCCAGGAUGUACGUGUGGGUCCUUGAUCUUUUCUCUUUCAUACUGGGAGUCAGUCAGACAGAAG